GAACAGGGAUCAACAGCACAAACCUUGGAAAAAGAUAUAAUUACUGUACUGCAACAGAAUACCAAUCAGACAGAAACGAAUCCGAAGUUACAUUCACAACCUGAAAAUAAAUUGGAAUUAUUUAAAGGAAAAACUUUUGAAAGAUUUACCGAUA